GAAGAAACGCCCCUGUCAAAUUCGUUGGGCUGGAUCCAAGAGAAAAGAGAAUUUUGAAAGUACAUCACGUUGAUCUUCCACCUCUGAAGAGAUCACGGUGAAGAAGAAGAAACCAGAGUUUGAAAGCAAGGUGGAAUUUCUGCGAUCAUCUUCUGACGUACUUACCAGAGGGCCGGGCAAAUCCAAAAAUUUCGCCCACUUGCAACCUGACAGAUCCCCAUGGAACCUAUCAGCUACUUAGAACAAUUACAAUUUUAUUCGAACGCCUCUUUGAAAAUCUGGAUCAUGUUAGUUUUCUCUAUUUCACACAGCGACGCAUUUGGUAUCUACUACUUACAUCUAUUGAUGGUGCAGGCUUCUUGAUUGCAUUCACACUGCUGAGCUAGACAUUUUGGUCUUGUGUUUUAGACCUUUGCGCGCGCCCACUUCUUGCGGAGAUAAAAGAUCGAAGUUCAUUUUAUUGAAGAACAUUUGAUAAGUACUUUAUUUCCCCUUACAACUGUGAACCCCGCGGAAAAUUAUUGAUCCUUUCUUCACGACGAUCAAAAUGGCGGCCAUGACACAGCAACAGCAGCCCUCCAUCGUGAUUAAGAAGUCCGGUGUCUCCGACAACAACGCCGACUCGGGUUACGGGCUUUUCUGCAACGUGCCCAUCGAACAGAAUGCCGUCAUCUUCCAGGACACACCGCUGUUUUCCCUGCAGCAUACGGGAAACCGCAGGUUCUGCACCAACUGCGCGUACUGCAGUAGGUUUGUACCGUGCAUCGGGACGCAGUUGGAAUCAAUGUUUGGCGAUGAGCCGCAUUUCCAGCCGAUGCUCGAGAAAAUACUACCGUACGUGGAAAAAUGGCAGAGUGGACUCGGCGUAUAAAGUUUGUUUUCAUCUUGCAUAGAAAGUUUGAUGAUGUUGUACUCGGGAUCUGCAAUAGCAACAGGCAGAAGCAGAGCAACAAAUUUUCCAUGACAUAUUUCAACUUUUUCCACCGACCUCAAUCGAUAUCAACAGGCCGCCUCCACCAUGGUGAAAUGCCAGUGCGGCGAGCGGUACUGCAGCGAGCAGUGCCGCCUCGCGGACUGGACGCAUUCGCACGAGAUUCUGUGCGUUGCGAGUUGCGAAUCCCAGACCGACGCCUAUCCUGAGUAAAAACGUCCCCACACCAGAGUUUUGCAAAGACAGGAAGACUUGUAAUGUGCAUCCCCUUGAGAGCCAUUUCCAAUCGUGUUUUGGAAUUUGUGAUGCUGUGAACAGGAUGAGCAGAUGAAUCUGUGACGCGGCUGCACUUGCUAACCUGCACUACACUGCGGAAUGCAACUUGUCAUGCGUGACUCACAAAACUCCUAGGCUUGUGUUGCAAAAUCCCCAUCCUGACUCUGGUGUGGGGACGUUUUUACUCAGGAUAACGCCCUUGUGGAGUUCAAGAUGCACUCGAUCGAAUUCAUAGAAACCAUGAUGCUGGCAGCAAAGGUUAUGGCGCAUUUGGUGCAGAAGGUGAGGAGAGGGAUAAAUCUAAAUGCGGCGGGAAAUAAUAACUCGUCUGGAUCAUCGUCUUCCUCCUCUUCUUCCUCUACUUCCUCGGUUCCGCAACAGCAACAGCAACAGCAGCAACUUCCACCUCCGUCUAUGAAACUUUUAAUGCAGGAACUUCUCGAGUUUUGCCACGGGGAUUUCCUCGACGUUUGUCGGCCGCCCCCGAACCGCCCGAAAGACGACGAGUUUAAGAAGGAAACUGCUCAAACGCUGUCCCAGGGUUUUUUCUUACUCAAGUCCCACUUCGCGAAAUUUUUCAAUUCCGAGUGUCAACACAACAAGCAGCUGGCCCGUGAAUUGGAGUUGCUUUUUGCAGACGAGAAAUUUUUCACGAAAAUCCUCGGAUUGUUCGAGGUCUGCAACGUGGAUUUACAGGUGGACAGCUUUCUCACCCCGUUUUUCGCGAACCACUUCGCCAACGUGGCGAACCAAAAGAACGUAUGAAUUGCAAAAGUGUCUGGGUCUGGAAAAUGCAAGGUUUGUUAUGCAGGUUACGCAUGACCCAGAAGGUUGGAAUGCGGGCUCUGGCAUCACAAGUUUGGAGAAGGGGGCUCCUCGAUGCUUAUUCCGCAUGAGAAAUCUUGCGUUCGAGUAGCCAAAAGUGGGAGCUUUUGCUGGUCAUGCAAUACAGAUUUUUGUGUCGAUCAGAUCUAGCAUGACAAACUCAGAUUCUUCCGGACCCAGACAUAUUUGCAUUUGAUAGAACGCAGACGAAGCGGCUGCGUACGAGGAAUUACUGCGGUCGCGGGAGGUUUUAACGAGAUGCGUCUGGGACGACAGUAUCACGGGGAAUUACGACGUGGAUGAUGACGAAGAGUUCGAAGACGACGAGGACGAGGAGGGCAUGGAAGAAGAAGGUCAAGAACAGCAGAGUAGAAAAAUGAACAACGCCGAAGAUAACGGCCUCGAAUGCGUGGAUUGCCCCCCGGAGGAGAUGACUUUGGAAGAAGCCGGUGGCAACGGGAUCCCGGACUUUCUGUGGGAGCAAAUCCGCGCGGAGGUUGCGGCCAUUUCCGGGGCAGAUUUGCUGGCCAAGGAGUGGCCGGCCUACCACGCGACGGCCUUCUCCGCGAAGAUCGCGCGCUGCAACCACAGCUGCGAACCGAACAUGAAAUUCUUCUUCGACAACGGGAAUCACGUCAUGUCCGCGCGCGCCCUGCGGCCCAUCCGCGCCGGGGAGGAGUUGUUCGUCUGCUACGUGGAGGACAGCGAUCCGGUGGAAAAGCGGCAAAAAAUGCUGCGCGAAUACGGCUUCGACUGUCGCUGCGUGCGGUGCGUACGCGAACUCGCGACGGGUCUGGGUGGGGCGUAGGGUGUUGACGACGUGGGAGUACUUAGUUGAUUUUGGGGUGAUCCUGCUAUGCUGCCCCGGCGCUCCCGGAGGUGAUGCUGAUGGCACAAUUGACACAUAUUGCAAAGGCAAAAGCACUGCCAGCGCAAGCUUGCUCUGUUUCUAUUCCGUGCCAAAUCGCGAUGCGCAGAAUGAAAACACCACAUGGAUCAUGUGUAGUGGUACAGUACUCGGAAAAAGAAGAUCAAACUACUCAAGGCACCGAUAAAUACAAAAACAAAAGCAAAUCCACCACCUCGUCCGGGUGAUGUUAUUAUAUGGACGACCCGCCAUUCAUUAUCAUUCAUCCCAUCGGAUGGCUUGCCUCCAUGCGACAUAAAGUGUUCUCUUUAGAAGACCUGGGACGGCGAAGAUAUUUACCAAGUCUACACGUAUUUCAAUUUUUUCCGUUUUCAUCUGCGUC